GAAAAUGGUACGCAUGCGCGGCAUAUACGGCGUCGCGCAAUUGGUGUGGUGGCGUCUGACGUUGAUCUCUGUGAGGGCCAAUCAGCGGUUGAACCUCGUCGAUGUUAGCUCGGCGUGCCGAGGCGAACUUCAGAGGCGAGGUGGACCGACUGGCUCGACCGCGAACUGGUCGAGGCGCGCGGCCCGCUUUUUUACCGUCCGAUACGACGCUUCUAAAUUUGAAUCUUCUACAGAGCAGUGCGAAUCGACGGCUCGCCGCACGUGAAAAAUAUUUUAAGAAAGAACACGCGUUUCUAGUCAUCGUUUCUAGUCAGCCAGGAUAUUCUAACCUAGCUAACCUGCUUUCUGGUAAGCUGAAUCCUGAAGAAUUGUUUUAUUGGCACUGAUGUAUAUUAAUACAAAACGACGGACUCGUAAAAGUGAAUAAAAUAUAGAGAAAAAAUAUCGAUAUAUCACGAUAUAUCGAAGCAGAAGAAAAAAGGAAGAAGUGAAAGAAAGCGAAGAAAAGACUGGAAACAAUAAAGGAAGUUCUUAUUGCUGUUAUUGCCGUUGUUGUCGUUGCGUUGUCGUCGACUGUUGUCGUUACGAAGCAAAUACGUGAUUGGCUUAUUCUCGAACCAACAAAAUCCGGCGUGCAAAGCAAGUGACGCGUGUUGAUGGAAUCGUUAAAAACGAGUGCAAGUUGAUUCGUGCCAAAAACUAUGUGUUAUUUCUAUGAUAUCACUUCGAAGAGAAGUUUUGUUUUGAUCUUAAAGUUGUACUUUUCGCAAGGGUGUUAGUGGGAGAUAUCGAUUGCGGGACCAUUGACGUCCGUUCUGGAGAACGAGCUUUUCUCUUCACACUUUUGACUAAGCUAACCUCUUGAUAAUUGUAUUUUCUCAUAUAUAGUUAAAUACAUGUAUACACAUAUUAUAUAUAUAUAAAUAUAUAUUCCUACAUGUGAAUGUUCCGUGUACAUGACAUUGAAUGAACAUUAGAUGCUGAUUAAUUCUCAGAAAAAGCUUGCAAAACGUGCCUGUACUAAACUAAAUUGUUAUUGUGACCGAAGAUUAUUAUUCAUAAUUCUCUAGUUUAAUAUUUCUCGAAAAAAGAAGUGGGUCUGAAAACAAAUAAACCAUCGCAUAAUAUAUGUCUUUCUAUGAUCGUAACUCGAUUGAAAAGUCACUUUUACGAGUCCAAAUUUUAUCAAAAGACAUAUGAUAUUUUGAUAAAGAAUAAAUGUGUGGAAUUUUGAAUAUCGCGUGAUCAAGUGUCUCAAUUGCGAUCCUUCAAUUAUAUUGUGACAACAUCUGUGAAGAGAGUGCGAUUUCGCCAUCUUUGUUUUGAUAUCGAUUCAGUGUGCGCAAGAAGAUCGAUCGAUUGGCGAACGACCCGUCGAGAUGUUCGACUGAUCGAGCUCACUUCGAGUCGUGUUUUUAAUAUUCCAUCCAGUGGUUCCGAAGAACUGUCUCAUCUUUAUAACGCUGUACAAAAAUGGGUCGGAAGAAGAUUCAAAUUUCGCGCAUCACGGACGAACGGAAUCGUCAGGUGACCUUCAACAAAAGGAAGUUCGGGGUAAUGAAAAAAGCAUAUGAGUUGUCGGUACUAUGCGACUGUGAGAUCGCUCUAAUUAUCUUCAGUUCGAGUAACAAGCUAUAUCAGUAUGCAAGCACCGACAUGGACAAGGUUCUUCUCAAGUACACAGAGUACAACGAACCCCACGAGUCUCUCACCAACAAGAAUAUCAUCGAGGCACUCAACAAGAAGGAACAUAAGGGCGCCAUGUCCCCGGAAAGUCCGGAACCUGACGCGAUCGAGUACAAUCUUACUCCGCGCACCGAAGCCAAAUACACGAAGAUUGACGAGGAGUUCCAACUAAUGAUGCAGAGGCACCAACAUAACGGCACUCGGGCAAUGGGACAAUCUAAUUACUCUCUACCUGUAUCCGUACCAGUGAAUAGUUAUGGCGAAUCUCUACUUGGAUCUAGUCCUCAAAUAGCGCAUACCAGCAUUUCUCCAAGACCAUCGUCUUCUGAAACAGAUUCAGUGUAUCCACCAGGAGGAAUGUUGGAGAUGAGUAAUGGCUAUCCACCAUCAGCAUCACCAUUAGGAGGUUCACCUAGUCCAGGUCCUUCGCCGGCAUUAGGAGUUGGAGGAGGUAGUGCAAACAAAGGCAGUAAUCCGUCUAGGCAUUCGCCGCAACCUCCACCUCCUCCACCGCCGCCUCAUCCUCACAGGACCAAUCUUCGAGUAGUUAUACCAACACCUCUUACACAGCCUCUCUCCGAAGAUACUAGUUAUGAUAGUGGCCAUACACAAUCUGCAUUAAAUACACCGGUAGUAGCAUUGCAAACACCAUCAGUUCCAGCCGGAUACUCUAGUUUCGGACCUACCGAUUAUUCCUCGGACCUUGGAAGUUUAGCUUGGUCUCAUCAGAGGUACGUUGAUGACUUAUCAAUGUAUUCGGCAGCCACCAUGUCCAGUAUCAGUGGUCUUCCUCAUCUAGCCGUAUCAAGUAGUACACCACCGCCUGCCACAUCGCCAUUACCAGUGAAAAUAAAAAGCGAACCGAUUAGUCCACCUCGAGAUCCUCACGGUGGUAACAGUGGCUCAAAUAGUAGUGGGCCGAGUAAUACCAGCAAUCUUCAUCAUACAGCCCUGAAUGUUGGACCUUCGUCGAGUACCGGUGCACCACCUCCACAUCAUGUACCUCAUCCUGGCCCACAAUCGUUGAAUCUUGUGUCGAACAGACCUAGCAGUAAUCCACCGCCGUCUCACUCCGGAAGUAUAACACCGACAAAUCUUCCUUCUCCAGGUAGUGCAACGGUGGCGGACAUUCGAACAAGUCAUUCGAACACCGGAGGAAAUGGUGGGAACAACUCAGAUUAUGAGAACGGACCACUUAUGAAGCGUUCCAGGAUCACUGAGGGCUGGGCGACUUAAUAUCAAUCGUAACAGUUAAUCGCUCGAUCGUUUCAUACCUCAACGUACAACGGCAUAUAGUGCUUUUGUGAGAAGUUCCGGAACUCGAAGUCAAAAACUCGUUAUAUUAUUUACACACGUUCGGCCAUGGUUCUUUUUUUUUUCUUGUGGUUGGGUGCGCGCGUGAAAUGAAAAACGAUUUUCGCAAAAAUCCAACUUGGCUGGACGAAGAAUACAAGUUUGUUUAUAUAUUUUAAAGUCUACACAUAUACACACGCACGCACAUACAUACAAACACAUACAUGGACACGUACAUACAAAUAUAAAGAUACAUUUGUUUGACGAUUAAAUAACGGUGCCAUAAUGUUGAAGCGUUACACGUAUAUAUGUGUAUAUAUAUAUAUAUAUAUAUAUAUAUAUAUAUAUAUAUAUAUAUAUAUAUAUAUAUAUUUUCAUGUAUAUAAUACGAAAAUUGUUUGUAUAUAUUUCAUUAAUUCAUUGUCAUUUUCUUCGUGAUAUGGCAUAUUGUGUCUUUGAUACUUGUUGCUAUGGCGAAGGUUAUUCCUUUCGAAAUAAAGAAAGGAAAUAGCGGUACAUUUAGGACGGAUAUUAAGACAUGAAAACCGAGAGUAUAGCAUUUCGGAGAUUAAGUGCAUCGACAACCGAAUUUCUAAGAGCUUGCGAAUGUCUAAUGAUUUCACAAUUUAGAGAUUUAUAAAUAAAUGUACUUCGUUACUUGUUUUUUGUGCGUUAUAAUGGUAGAUAGAUACAAUCCGCGGCAUAAUCCGUUAAUUGAUGUUUUUAAUUAAUAUCGAGAGCAAUAAACAUUAUUUCUCUCUUAAUUGAAUACCUAGUCAGAGAAUAAUGAUAUUUGAUUAGUAUAUAAAUUUUAAUUUUACAAUUCUUUUUCUUCUUUUUUUAAUGCAAUAUCUUUUUCCUUUACUCUGAAAAAAGUACUGUACUCUUUAAAUCAUAAAAAAAAUCAUUCAAACAUAUUAUUAGAAAAUAUAUUAUACUCACACUCAUAUGUGUAUUAACUCAUUUAUUUUAAAGAAUCGUUAAAUGUUGAUUUGUUUUUAAAUAGUGAAGUUUUUUUUCUUUUUUUUUUUUUCGUUAGCGAACUAUAAUUAACGGUCUAUGUCCGCUAAUAGAAAAAAAAAAUGUUGAAUGAUUAAUCGGCUACUGUACUCAAAAUAAAUACGAUAUUCUGUAGAAAAAAUAUGCUCGGAAAUUAAUAUAUUGAUCAUUAUGAAGUGAUAGAAAAGAUACAUACAUAUUGUAUGUGAAAUAAGCAUCUAAUAAUGUUGAAAAGAAAGAAAAGUAUAUACACACGAACUUAUAUAUGUAUACAUAUAUACAUAUGUUAUAUACAUUUUCCACAAAUAUUUUGCACAUUUGAUAUGAAAAGAAAAAGAAAGACAUAGAAGGAAGAUACUUUGCAACCCUUAAUGCCUAAAUCGUACACAACGAGAGCUUGCACUUCUGCAAGCAUUUAUCAAAUAAUACAUGAGAAUUAAUAAAUUUGUUUGAACAGCAUUUAAAUACAAUAAUUAUUAAUAAUUAUUGCACAUACAAUUUUUCUAUAAGAAUGGAUCACAAUUAAAUUAAGUGUGAAAUAUAGAGAAUGAAUAUCUAUUAAUAUAUCUUAUAAAAUGCUUCAUUAGUGAAAUCCAUGAUUAGUUGGCAAUAUAGGGUUGCAAUUGUAAAGUACAGAAAAUCUUCUUCCUAAAUAAAACUGCUUUCAAGAUGGUCUCAGCCUAUGCUUUACUCAAUCUCAGGAUGUAUCCUGAUAUGAACUGUUCUCAAGAGUCGUAUUUGGUACAUUACUGUAAUUAAUUAACGUUAUUAAUGGAAUACACGAAUGGUAUAUAAAUAAAUAGUGCCUGGCACCAUAUGUUGCCCUCCUGCAAGGUUGACUUGUUCACGUUGUCUGCAAAAGAUGACUUGUCGACAAAUUAUGAGUAAAAGAAAAACAUAUAUCUUACGGAAAGAUACGAUAAAAAUAGACUAAUAAUAAAAUAAAAUAUAUUGAACAAAAUGAGAAAAAAAAAUGGAUAAGAAAGAAUAGAAAAAUUAUAAUAUCCGUGUUAUUAAAAUUAUAGAUUUUGUUUUACAACACUUUGUCGACGAAUUAACAACUUGGCAAAUCAAUCUUGCUUCUAUUAUAACCGAAGAUUAUAUUAUACGUAAGUUAAAGAAGGAAAAGAAAGAAGAAUCGUAUGAAUCUUCGAUAUUGAUUUGUUUCUUUACUAAUGUUGCAAUUAGAAAUAUAUUUGAUGACUGUACGAACAAUCGGUGUGUGAAACAUAAGAUAUAUAAUGUAUAGUCACUAAUGAUUAAUCACAAAUUUUUAAAAUGAUCACAAAGUGCAAUCUCUUAGCCAACACACUUUUUUAUCAAAUAAAAAAAGUAUAAAGAAAUUGUUAUUUUUCAUAACGAAAAAAGUAAGAUUUAAUGUAUUAAAAAAAAAGUAUAUAUAUAUAUAUAUA